GGGCCGGCGGACAGAGAGAUGAGUACCCAUUGCGCUUUGGACUUCCGCUCACCAUGAGUACAGGCAAUCCAACCUGUAGUUGCCAAUGUUCUAGAGUUCCAUGCAAUAUUUGUUUUGGGUGACUGUUGAUUGGUGGUGGUUAAACCUCGGAGCUCUAUUUCUCAUAAGGCUGAAGAAGUUCACUCACUGUAGGUGGAAUCCUCGAUACCCAAGAAAGUUCAGUGAACAAUUCAUCACAACUUCACAAAAGAUACCACAACAACAAUGUCUACACAGCCACUAUCACCAAUUCGCAAAGCCUGGUAUCAAUGGAAAGCCCUGCGUCUUCCUUGGCGCAAACGUUUCUUCGUCGGUCUCGAUCUCCAAAAUAAUUCCUUCUGGGAAUUCCGCGACGCUAUAAAUGCAGGUCGUAUGCGCAGAAUAGUCCAAACACCAUCCUCGAUCCAAUAUUCAGAUGUAAGAAUAAGUCCUCAAUGGCAUCAGUGGCUACGGCAUACGCGGGAAGAUGCACCUAGCAUAGAAGAAUUGGUGGGGGAUAUAGCGAGACAGGAAAGAUUAAAGAUACUAGCUAGAAAGGCUGACGAGAGGUGGAAUGCGAAAGCGAGUUUUCUGGAUCAGCCAGCGGCGAGGCAGCAGGCGUUGCCGGCCACGCAGGUGAGAGAUGGAGGGGCGUAUACGGGAACGGAUCCGAGGGGAGAUGGGAAGGGUGUGGCGAAUGCUAUUGCGAGUGAGGCGCAGGAGGUGGAGAAGGAGAAAGUGGUUGCUACGGGAAAUUCGGCGAGUGGUGAAAUACAGUAUGAUGCGGCGAUACAGCCGAGAGAGGAGAAGACAUAUAAGGAUGAUCCAUGGAAGAAGGCAAGAGGAGGACCAAGUGAAGAAUGGCAACCCCAAGCUUGGGAUCCGAAUGAAAUGCCAGCAGCUCGAAGAUAAUGUAUUAAUAUUAUUAUAGUAAUUACGAAUCCAAAUGC